AUGGGAUCUGGCGCUUCGAAACCUGAGGAACCUCCCAAGGCACAAUCCGAUUCUACCCGCGCUAAAACCCUCGAACUUCACAUCCAAGCUCGCGUCGCCAGCGAACUCAAGAAACUCCAGGAGCGCGCCAGUAAAGACUUUGAAGAGCUUACCGCCAAAAUCUCCAAUGAAGAAUCUUCGCCUCCAUCGGAAGAAAAAUCUGCUGGCGAUAGCUUAAGACAAUUGGGCAGAAAUGCGGUUCAGAAAGAUGUAGAGGGGUUGAGGAAGAAGUUGGAACAGAGGAAGAAGCUGCAGGAGUUGGAUGAGGAGGUCGAAAAGGCAAAGAGUGAGGUGGUUAGGUGUUUGAGGGAAAAUGACAGGAGGCCGUUGGAUUGUUACAAGGAAGUGGAGGCUUUCCGACGGGAGGUGAGGAGGUUGGAGACUAAGUGGGUGGAGGGGGUCGUCAGAUAA